AUCUCUCUCCUCCUCUAUGCUCACCGGCGGUUGAUCGUUCUGUCUUCAUCUCUCCCGCGGCGCGGCGAUCUCCGAUCUGCAGCUCAACUCCUCCCGCCCCUUUCAGCCGCCGUGUCAUUUUCCCGGCUGAACUGAAACGGGUGAUGGUUUCAAUUUCAGGGUUCUGGCAAUUUUGUCGAAAAGUGAGCUGAUUGAUCUGCAAUUGCAUCCAUAUGUUCGGAGCAGGAGAAAAUGCUUUGGUAUUGUUCGAAUUUAGUGGGAAGACAAGACUGCUGCCUUUAUGCUAAAUCCCUUAAAGGGCUUCUGAGGGAGGUCAAGUUCUGGACUUGAAGUAGCUGAGGAAAGGGAAAAGUCCAUUGCUUUACAAUCAUGGCUCUGGGCAUGGCCCUUGGCGUUUGUAUCAUUGUUCCCGUCCUUCUGUUGAUCCGUGUCGCAUACGUCUUGUAUCGGAGCGGGAAGCCUGUCGGUGCAAAAUCUCCGAAAUCUUACAGCACUCUCGUAGUCUUAGGCUCAGGAGGUCACACCGCUGAGAUGAUCAAUCUCUUGUUGGUGCUUGAGAAACAUAGGUUUACACCGAGAUACUACAUUGCUGCUGCGACUGAUAACAUGAGUCUCCAGAAAGCUCGUUCGCUAGAGAACUCAUGGGCCGAUAAGGGUGGGGAUAAGAUAGCAAAAAUUGCAGCAGAGUAUAUGCAGAUAUAUCGAAGCAGAGAAGUCGGUCAAUCUUAUAUUACCUCUGUCUGGACAACUUUAGUUGCUCUUGCCCAUGCAUUAUGGUUGAUGCUAAGAAUCAGACCCCAAGUGAUCCUUUGCAAUGGCCCCGGAACUUGCAUUCCGCUUUGCAUGAUUGCUUUCUUAUUGAAGGUGCUGGGAAUCGGAUGGUCAUCUAUCUUUUACGUUGAGAGCAUUGCAAGAGUGAGGCGGCUCUCCUUAAGCGGCUUGAUUCUCUACAAGCUGCGUGUGGCCGAUAAGUUUUUCGUACAGUGGCCUCAGUUACAGCGCAAGUACCCACGGGCUGACUAUGUUGGUUGUCUCAUGUAAUUAAUUUUCUUUCUAAUAGAGGAAUGUGGAGGAUAAACACUCUAUCGUUCCUCCUAAUCCCUCAUACAAACAAACGGUAAAGGGACAAUAACAUUGAGAUACUUCCAUUGAAAUUCCUGCUACUGCGAGGAAAAAAAUUGAUCGCGCGAUCUUUAAUUUGCUAUUGA